AAAACAAAACAUGAAAGCUGAGCUCUGAUUGGUUGCUAUAGCUCGGCAGCCGCGGGUUGUAUCAUGACGCAAUCGUCUGUUCCCUUUUCCUGGGAAGCGUGGGCGUGGCUUCCGAGUGUUUAUAGACACGUACCGCUCGCUGCACACACGUACGUCACGCGGGCCACGCCCCCUCGCGCAGGGGCCUCUUCCGGGUUGAUGCUGAGGGGGUUGUGAGUGAUGCUGCUGCAGGGACACGGAGUGGACAUGAGAUCCGUCCUCCUGCUCAUCGGCCUGUGCUGCCUCCUGCCAUGGGGGGCGCUGCCGGACACCCCGGGCUCUGCUGCCCACAGCUGCUUCUGCCAGGUCGCUGGCUACCUUGAUGACUGUACGUGUGACGUGGAGACUAUAGACCAGUUUAAUAACAAUAAAUUAUAUCCCAAACUGCAAAAACUGCUGGAGACCGACUAUUUCCGAUAUUACAAGGCCAAUCUGAAGAAGCCGUGUCCGUUCUGGAAGGACAUCAGCCAUUGUGGAAUAAGAGAUUGUGCCGUGCAGCCUUGUCCCACGGAUUCGGUUCCACUUGGCAUAAAGUCCCCAGGAUUUAAGUACACAGAGGCAGCAAACCUCGGCAAUGGAGAACUGGAGUGUGAGAAGGAGAAGAGGCUGGGAGCUGUGGAUGAAUCCUUGAGUGAAGCGGCCCAGGAAGCUUUCUCACAAUGGAAUCAGCAUGACGAUUCCAGAGACGACAACUUCUGUGAGCACGACGAUGAGGAGUCACCGGAUGCGGAAUACGUCGACUUGCUAAUCAAUCCUGAGCGUUACACUGGUUACAAGGGACCGGAUGCCUGGAAGAUCUGGAACAGUAUCUACGAGGAAAACUGCUUCAAGCCCAAAGCAGUAAAGCGGCCACUAAAUCCUCUGGCGUCCGUACGAGGUGAAAAUGACGAGACCAUGUUCUACAGCUGGUUGGAAGGCCUUUGUGUUGAGAAGAGAGCUUUCUAUAGACUCAUUUCAGGACUGCACGCCAGCAUCAAUAUUCAUCUCAGUGCCCGAUAUCUGCUGCAAGACACCUGGAUGAAUAAAAUCUGGGGCCACAAUGUCACUGAAUUCCAGAUCCGCUUUGAUGAGACCCACACCCAGAAUGAAGGCCCGAGGAGACUGAAGAACUUGUACUUUAUUUAUCUGAUCGAGCUCCGAGCAAUCUCCAAGGUGCUGCCCUUCUUCGAGAGGCAAUCUUAUUUACUGUACACGGGAAACGACACGCAAGACCUGCGAACCAAAGAACUUUUACUCGACAUUCUCCGGGAUGCUAAGACGAAUUCAGACAUCACUUCCGAAACAUUUCUAAGAUAAUGGAUUGUGUCGGCUGCUUUAAAUGUCGGCUAUGGGGGAAGCUGCAGACUCAGGGGUUGGGAACGGCGCUGAAAAUCCUUUUCUCCGAGAAACAGAUCCAGAGCAUGCCAGAGACCGGACCGUCCUACGGGUUCACCCUAAAGCGUCAGGAGAUCGUGGCUCUUCUCAAUGCUUUCGGAAGAAUUUCCACAAGUAUAAAGGAGCUGGAGAACUUCAAAAGGCUUCUACAGAACAUGUGACGAGAGGAGAAGAGGAUUCUGGGAGGACAGAACUUUGCACUAUGGAGGCCCCCCCAACCCCCUUACUCUGUUUGUUUGACAAUAACUCUGGGUCAAAGUCUGAGAAUUUUAACAUUCUCACUGUGAAAACUGGUCCUUGCAGGACCUUCCUGUGUAUUUUGUAAAAUAAAUAUGCUUCAGAUUUUUCUAUUUUAGUGUGACUUCUAGCUGCACUUCUACUGAAUUACCUGAUGAAGCGCUAUUCUCCUUUUUAAAGGUCAGGGAUAGGUUUUUCUAUCCUUAAAAAAAACAAAUUAUAAUAAUUGUUACGCCCCUGUAUUACUUUGCCCCAUUUCUGUCCAUUGUCUAUUAUC